ACUGGUUGUAAUAAUUUAGUAGAAAUAUUAAUUAUUCAAAGGGAUGAACCCGUUUUGAAAAUAUUACAUGUUCGUUUCGAUUAUCUUGACAUUUCUAUUAUUGGUGUGUCAUUUUCAUUCUGCCAACUGUUCAUAGAAGUGACAAAUAUUUUUUCAUAUCUUUAAAAUUAGUAGAUGUUUAAAUUUAUAAACUAAAUUGAAAAUCGACAUCUACGCUGAUUUAAGAGGCAGAGAAUAAAUUGUACAGUAAAUAACAAGAGGCAAUAUAGAUUGCUUUUGGACGUAUAAGAAAAUGGGGGAAGAUGUACAUAAACCAAGUUCUUCAAAAUCAGCAAGAACAAAUUGAAUAACAACAUUCAGUUUCAGUAUGAAGAAAGAGCUCGUACUUUUGUGCAUUAUCUCGCUGAUUGUCGUGGGAUUUGGGAAACCUUGUAAAUAUUGGUGCAAAACUGACAAAUGGGAGUAUUACUGUUGUUCGUCGAAAAGUGAAAAGUCAAGAGAAGAAAAUCCUUUGAAGUCAAUGAUGGGAAUUUUAAUACCCCACUUGUGGUUCGCUCUUGGAUUUCCGAAAAUUUAUCAUCAUGAACAUAUUGCUUGGGAAGAGAUGAAGCAUCAGGAACAUGGGAGGAAAUGUCCACCAGUGAGGCACGCUUGUCCAAGGAGCAACGAUUGGUGGUAUGAUGCUCCAAUUCCUUGUUACAAUGACGAUGAAUGCAUAUCAUCUGCGAAAUGUUGUUUUGACAUUUGUCUUAAUCACAAAACAUGCAAACCAACAGUUUAAUUACGUAAAAUAUUUAAUAGUCAUUAAUUAGAUUAUUUAUUUAAAUAAAGAAAAGGAAACUAAUGCUAAAUCUUUAUUUUAAUCGUUAUUAGAGAAAUUUAGAAUAGUAAAAUUAUAUUUUUUUCGAUUUUAGAUAUGAAAUAAUAUUGCAGGCUUUUGACUACAAUUUGGAUAUUUUUUCUAUAGUU